AGAGUUAAACCGUGUGUGUUUGACCCACUGAUCUGAAGCAUGUAGCACCGGGUGACCCCCGCUCAGGAGUGGACGCGUCCGCGGAGCGCCGUUCUGCUCGCGAGCUCGCUUCAGUCAAACUGCGGUUUCUGGAAAUCAGCUGCUUUUCUGGAUUUGAAGAAAUGUGAUAAAUCGGCGGAUCGUGUCGUCAUGAGCGACCGACAACCGACGCCUCACAGCGGACAGUGCAGACCGAGAAUGAGCAGUGUGCAGAUGGAGGAUCGCAACAUGUUGCGUCGGAUGGAGAGGGAGAGACGGAGUCAGGAGGUGCAGCCGGAGGAGACGCAGUAUGACAGAAUCGCUCCUCUCUUCAACAAUCCGUAUAAGAGAAUCAAAGAUGACGAGCUUUCGAGUCGCAUCCAGAGGAUGCUGGGUAAUUAUGAGGAUGGAUAUGAUGGACCUGAGGACCCCGCGCUUCCUUACGACCGUUCCACGCAGUUCCCUCAGGCGCAGUCGGGACACACGGAUCGGUCCAGAGCCGCCUCCGGCCCUGCUUCAGGAGAGAGCUGGGACAGUUUCCCGGCCCUGUCCCCUCUGCGGUCCAGCGACUCGGACACCGGCCCGUCUCCGGAGCGGCCUCCGCUGAACCUGCACAGUAAACUGGCCAAGGCCAAGAAACCCACAGCGUACGUGAGGCCGAUGGACGGUCCGGAUCAGGUGACCAGCGACUCUUCUGAACUGAAGGCCUCACUGGAGUCGUAUGAGCACUUACAGGACCUGAAGGAGAGCAGCAAACCAAACCUUGCCCCUCUGCAGGCUGCUGAUAUUGUGUCUGGAGCGCGUGUGGAGGACAUUCUGCAGGAAAUGACCUCAUGGCCUCCACUGCUGACGACCAUUUGCUCGCCAACCACAGCCGAGCCGCCCAAGGUCCUCUCCACUAACGAGGAGACACAUGGAUUACCGGCCCUCGAAGCUCAUGAAUCAUCAGACAAAGUUCAGCUGGAAUCUCAAGGUGGUUCCAGCAGCUCCAGUGACUCUGACAGCAGUUCAGACACUGACAGUGAAAAGAGCAGCAGCCCAGAUGAACCAGCAGCUCCUGAGACAUUACACACACAGCCACAGAAAGAGAGUGACUGGCAGCUAGGACGGUGGUUAGAAAGGAGGGGAAACCAGCACCAGCAGAACCCUAGGAGCCCAUGUGAUGCCAUCAGGCCCAACUCCCAUGAUUCCUCUGACAGGACUGAGGCGCCAGGGUCACAGACUUGCCACAGUGACCCAGCUGACGGCUGCAAAGCGUCCGAUCUCAGACAGACUGUGGGGAGCACGAGCAUGUGUGAGGAUCCGCUGUUAGAAAGCACAUCCACACACAGACCCAAACACAAGAGAAAGAAAACAGCACAUCACACAGAGCAGAAGAGAACGACAGCAGACACCAACAACAUCAGCAAACAAACACAUCCGCCGCUGCUGGUGAAGAUCAAGCUGAAGCUGCUCUCCAGGAUCCCACAGGAGCCCAAAGCAGCUCCGCCUCACACAGAGAACAGCAGAGCGUCGAGACGCAAGAGAGCGAUGGAGAGGGAUGAAAAGUCUUCAAAGAAGAAACAGAAACUGGACAAAGAGAGAAAACAGUCUUCUUCCUCUCAGAAGAGCCUCCACCAAUCAGAAGCCGUCGGGAACAGCGACAAGAUGAUGAUGAAGAAGAAGAGUGUGAAAAACAGCUCAGGUCUUCCUCAGGACAGAGACGGCCAGCGGAAGAAAGCAGAGACUCAUGGGAAGAAAACCGGCAAGAGCCACAAGGAGCUCCUGGAGAAACCUCCUGCGGCCAAACCACGAGCGCUGCUGCCCGAUCGCAGGAAACUCUCUGUGGAAGAUCAUUUGAAGGAAGCCAAAAAGCUGAAGCACAAAGCAGAUGCUACGCCGGAUAAGAUGGCUAAAGCGCUGUGCUAUCUGGAGGCUGCGCUGUCGUUCACGGAGAGCGCUGUGGCCAUGCAGACGGAGCCGCAGACGCCCAAAUCUGCCUACACCAUGUUCUCGGAGACGGUGGACCUGAUCAGGUUCAUUCUCAAGCUGAAGAACUACACGGAUCCGGCGGCCGCCGCUCACGAGAGGGACUUCUGCGUCCUGUGCAUGCGGUGCCAGUCUCUGCUGCAGAUGGCCAUGUUCCGCUCCAGACGAGAGCCAGCGCUCAGACACUCGCGGAUGCUCACGGAUCAUUUCAGAAGCUGCUCGUGGUCUGCGUCUCCCUCCGUGUCUAAGAGCGGCUCGCUGCUUGUUCCUCAGCCGGUCCAGCAGGUGGCGGCGGCGUACAUCAGCAUCACCACGCUCCUCCUGAGCGCUCACCACAUCUGGGAGCAGGCGGACCAGAUCGCUCUCCGAGGCAGCGGUUUGCUGCGAGAGCUGGAUUCUGCCGUCGGUCCUCUGAGUCUGAUGUCCUCCAUGAGUGCUUUAGUGCGAUACGCUCGACCCGGCCUGCACUGGAUCAGACUCGACACGCAGAAGCGGCGCUGACGCUUCCCUCGACCGCCGGAGAGCCCAGGAUGUGGCAGCCUUCAUUUAUUUGCACAAUGAUCAAAUCAAACGAUCAAUCUCUCUUUAACGGCUAAUGAAGCGCUUCAGCCGCGGGUCAUUCUGACACGAAAACAUGAUGGUCUUCCCUCUGCACUGAACGAACCCACGUGACACUGCGUCCACCAUCAAGCCAAAGUCCAGCAGCAUCUCGUGAGUGUGUGUGUGAGUGUGU